AUGCCUUUGGCUUUCAACGAAGCGCUGGCUAAAGUCCUGACUCUUGCUAGCCAUGAGGCAUUAGGAGACAAAGAUGCCCAUGCAGAUCUUCUCAGAGCUAUUCGUGAGUUACAGCUCGCGGCAGAGACCCCUCUCGAAACAACAUCGCGGCUUAACUUUCAACUCACAUCUAACGUUUUGGUUACACAGAUUAUGCAGAACAUAUCCAUUCGCGUCGCAGUUGAAUAUGGAUAUCUCCAUGUUAUCGCGGCCAAGGAUGGUCAGCCCAUUUCCGCCGCGGAGAUCUCCCAGGAGACAAAAUCGGAUCUGCUUCUCACGAUCCGAAUUAUGCGCGUCCUGACGGCCAUUGGUCUAUGCGAUGAAGUUGGAAAUCAGCUCUAUGCUGCUAACGAGAAAACUCGGUUCAAGAUUUUACCGGGGUCAAUUGCGGCUGAGAAACACCACUUUGAUUUAGAUUUUGGAAUGGGCGGGAAAUUGGUCGAGUACAUGCGUGGCCCCGGAAUCCAACAGUUCGCGGACGAGCCCGAUGCUGUCACCCUAUUCAAAUACGCACAUGGUACAGACGUGAUAUUUGGGCUACUCGAGAAAAAUCCCGAACAGAAACAAGCAUUUGAUGACUACAUGGCUGCGCGGCGUGUGGAAGACAUGCCACAGUGGUUUGACAUUUACCCUGCAGCAGAGAAAGUACAAGAUGCUCGGACAGAGUCUGGAGCAACCCUCAUGGUAGACAUUGGAGGAGGACCAGGGCAAGAGAUUGCCCGACUCAAGGAAAAGUACCCCGAGCUUCCAGGUCGAUUCAUAUUACAGGAUCUCCCGUUGACCCUGAAGCGGGUUGAGAAAUUGCCCGAUGGAGUCGAGGCGAUGGAGUAUGACUUUUUCACCCCUCAGCCAAUUAAAGGAUCCCGUAUUUACUUUCUUCGCGACGUCCUACAUAAUUGGUCUGAUGCCAAGAGCGCUCAAAUCCUGUCUCGAAUUGUCGAGGCAAUGGACCCUGAGUACUCGACCCUGUUGAUUGACGACUAUGUCCUCCCAGACACUGGCUCUGAGCUUCGGGCUGCGGAAAUGGAUAUCCUCAUGUGGCUUCAUACUGCAGGGCUUGAACGAACCGUAUCCCAAUGGAAGAGUCUGUUCGAUCAAGUAGGGCUAGAGCUAGUUCAGAUUUGGAGUUCUCCUAGGGGCAACGAAUCGGUUCUAGAAACGAGGGUACGCCGUUGA